UCGUUACUACUAUUCUCCUCCUCCUCCUCCUUAUUUUCCCACCUCGAUACCUAAUUUCCGUCAAAAAUCCCUGAUAUUUCUCCCCUCGAUACCCCUCACCGACGGAUUUUCUCACCGCCGUCAAAUCCUUUCGACGUUCCCGCUGCCGCUUCUGUGUCCCUCAAGUCCUCUUACCCAAUAAGCUAUUGUGUUCGGAGUUGGGGGAAUUGAACCUUACCUCUUACAGAGUUAGUCGGAGGCUAUGGAGGUCGAACAAGUCUAUCAUGAGAAGCAGAGAUUACAGUUCUGCCUGCUGCAUUCACUUAACAAUCUUCUCCAGGAGAAGGGUUCAUUCACCCGAGCUGAGUUGGAUACCAUUGCUGACAAACUUGUUAUUGACGAUCCUAGUAGGGAUAGAUGGACCCCACUGUCGCUUGUCUGGAAGCCCCAUCAUAACGUUUUGACUGGAAACUAUGACGUCAAUGUACUCAUUGCAGCACUAGAGAGUAGGAGUUAUAGAGUAGUCUGGCAUGAUCGUCGCAAUGGAGCUUCUUCCAUCAACCUUGCAGACGAAACUUUACUCGGUAUUAUGCUUAACAUUCCAGUAAGAAAGUUCGCAGGACUUUGGCGAGGUAGGCAUUGGAUCACAUUGCGGAGGAUUUCUGGCGUCUGGUAUAACUUGGACAGUGAUCUUGCAAAACCAAAUCCGUUUCAGCAAGAGGAAAAAGUAACAGAAUUCUUGGACACUGUCAUUAGUCGCGGUGGAGAAUUGCUGAUUGUUUUGCGUAAUUAACUUGAGAACCAGUUUUUUUUUAUCUGUAUUAUUAGAUUGCACAACUGAUGGAGGAUUGGAAGAAA